CUAGCUUUCCUGACAUUUAAAAGUACCUGGCAUCUCUGCAUAUCACUUUUUUCGUUCUCUUCCAACUUGGGGUUGCAAAGACCCCAUUUUGUUUCUUAUUCACAUAAAUAAUUUAAUAUUGUUUGAAAUUUUCUUCGUUUUAUGAUUAAAUCUGAUUGUACACUAGCUGUAGGAAAAAUCAUGUCCCAAUCAUCACAACGCGAAAAUCAAGUCGCUUCGGCAGUGCUCGCAACCGCAGCGGUCGCUGGUGCAAUUUACGGCUUCAAAAAAUUGUUCGAGAGUUUUGCAGGUCCGAGUCCACUUCCUAACCAAGUGACAGAUCCACUUCCUAAUCAAACGACAAACUCACUUCCUAACCAAACGAUCCAGAUAGUAACAAAUUCCAAUGAAUGCGUACGCGCAGUUAAUACCUUACGAGCGCAUUGCCAGGAACAGCGAAUUCUUGGGUUCGAUUGUGAGUGGGUAAGCGAUCAAGGCGAGCACCACCCUGUGGCCCUCAUGCAGUUAGCAUCGCAUCGUGGAUUCUGCGCCCUGUUUCGACUGUUCGAGAUGUGGCCUGUUCCAGCACAACUGCGCGAUCUUUUGGAUGAUCCAAGUAUUCUGAAAGUCGGUGUCGCUCCGGACGAGGAUGCAAAGUUAUUGAAGACUGAUUACAAUUUGACGGUAGCAAGCAUACUGGAUAUACGACACCUGGCGAAGAAGAUUGAUUUUCCGCCGCCAUACGGGUUGGGUGAUUUGGCUGAAAAUGCGUUGGGGUUCACGAUGGAUAAAGACUGGCGUAUCAGGGCGUCUAACUGGGAGAGAUCGGAAUUAACUGAUCGGCAGAUUAAGUAUGCAGCAAACGAUGCACAUGUAGCGGUGGAACUGUUUGAAGUAUUUGCUAAACGGUUGGUUGCACGAGGAAUGUUGACUUCACGAAGAGACUGGCUAGAGAAGGUGAUAGAGGAAAUAAAUUUUUACAUCGAUCAGCCAUUUCGGGCUACAACACACCUAAUGGACAAGGCUAGAACAAAAAAUUAAUUAAACCUUUAAAUGCGCAACAUUGCGAAAAACUUCUUAGAAUAAUCGUAGUAACGUAUUGAAACUAAUAUAGAGAAUUUUUACGAAAUUUACAGCAAAAAUCUAUUUGCGCCUUUUUGGGUUAAAACCAGUGUAAACAUUCAAGUUAUGCGUUUUUCCUAUAUUUAAUCAUAUUUUUACUAAUAUUUUAAUUUACAUUUCUGAUUCAAUAUAUUGGGUGUUCGGUUACAAGUAUGUAAUGACUUUUCAUCCAGUACCCUCUCGUACGCUGCCUGCAUUGACGGUAGUUGCAAACAUCGUCAAGCAAGAAGUGAUAUAGUGCUAAGUAUGACCACAACACAUUAGUAUUUUCAACUGCGGAGAUGGGCACUCGACCCGCAGCAGGAAGUGCCCCAAAUUUGCAGAGGAGGAACAGAUCACCAAGAUCAGAAUCGACAAAAACUUGACUUUCUCUGAGGCUAGAGCUCUAGUAACUAAACGGCAACAAGGCCCUAGCUACGCGAGCAUUGCCGAAGGAAACACCAAGGAUGACGGACGGGACACAGUAAUAGCCCAUUUACAAAAGGAGUUAGCAACUCUAAAGGAAAGCAUGGUCCAAGAGAAAAGCAAAGAUCGGACAAUUAAUUACCUGAAAGAACAAUGCGCCAAACAACAAAAACAGCGGCCUCUGCAGAAAUAGCAAAACUGCGUAAUGCUGUCACCGAGCUCCACCGAAAGUCGUCUAUUCACUCCCGUGAGAACACUCCCUCUGACGAUACUGCUUCCACGGGAACAAAGCCCAAGAAAGGAAAGUUCAUCAAACCAGCCCCCGUAACCGUAACACCCGUUGGUCUGUCCAACCAAGCAGAGCUUAGGAGAUCCAACCGCCAGAAAGAGAAAGACACUAGGAAGACCAACACUGACAAAUCUAGAAUCCCCAACCCCAAAACUAUCCCCGACAUAACACUGCCUUCGCCUAUCAUGGACUCUUCCAUGUCCUGGUCACGCUCCAGCUCAUCAAUAUCACUCAACACGCUAUGUCAAGACUUUGACGUUGACUACUCGAACCUCAUCUCUGAAUAAACCCAACAACACUCAAUCCAGCAAGCAGAAAACAACAAUAGCAACAGCAUUCAACAGUCGAAACCAAACAAACAAUCCUCCCGCGUCGACUCUGACCGGGGACAUUCCGGGUUCUCCCGAUACACCCCCUGCGGCUGUCGGCGCGGGCCCGGGUUUUACCCAGGCAAGUACCUCCAGACUAAAUCCAACAGCCAACAACCGACUGCCCCCAAAUCUUUUCAGCCAAUAUCCGCCAGGCGGCACUCCGCCGCCAACCAUCGAAACAGAGCAACAAUCCGUCACCUGACCCGUUGCUUUGGCUAAGAGCAAAUAAAUCUAAUAAAGAAUCGACCCCCAAUAGACUGGACCACAGCCACACCAACAUUCGGCUCCGCAACCUAAGCCCUGUCGCCGGUUGCUCCUGGCACCCAGUUCAUGUCCGCUACAGGAGCAGCGAUAUGAACGCUGGAAAUCGCUACAACUACACCGCAUUUACAGAAUCCGUGCACACGAAAUCAUAAUGGGACAGCACGAACAACAAAACCUGCACACCGUACAUGAAAAAAGACCCUUUCCCUGCGUCGCCCCCGACUCGGGAAGUUCCGGAGAUACUCGAUGAGUCCCGGACGGUUGCCGGCGCGGGGAACCCGGGGCCUUCCCGGGUAAGUUCCAACAGUACUGAUACUCGAUCGGAACCAUCUGUCGCACCUUAUCUUCCUUCAGGGUCCAGUACAAAACCAGCCACACUAACGUCAAAGCUCAAAGUCCACGAAGAAACCAUCAGACCUGAAGACGGUAACAACAAAACCUGCUCACCGCGCAGCAAAAAAAGCUCCCUCUCCGUGUCGCCCCCGACUCGAGAAGUGCCGGAGUCAUCCGAUGAGUCCCCAACGGUUGCCGGCACGGGGAACCCGGGGCCCUCCCGGGUAAGUUCCUACAACCUCAGAACCCAUCUGAACCCAACUGCUGUUGCCUCUACCUUUUCUCCAGAAACACCAACGACAGGCCAAAGACCCUCUGAACGCACACCCGCGGCGGACUCGUCACCACUCGUACCUCUAAUUUCCACACGACCCAUACAAAUGGUAUCUAGCAGAAGUCCGACCAGGAAUCGCUCCAGCACCAGUCCAACCCCACUACCCGACGGAACAAACUGCACACUGGCAAUCCAAUGGAACACCAACGGCCUAAGAGCAAACCUAGGAGACCUCCAACGCAUCAUUGCCCGCUCUGCGCCCAUCUGUCUUGCCAUCCAAGAGACACACAUAAAUCACACGGAUCCAUCACCUUGGUUCAGUUACCGUUACAUUUGGGAAUCAGCCAAAGGGUCGAACAUCUACCAGACGGUCGUUCUAGGAACCAGAGCUGACCUGCCGUCUGAGCCGGUAAAAUUUGACACCGACCUCAUUGUAGUGGGAAGAAAAAUCAACUUUCCCAUAAGUUGCACAGUAGCGUCUAUUUGCAUCCCUCAGGAAGUCAGUAACGUGGGAAAUAAAUUGCGGAAUCUCUUCAAGCAACUACACACCCCCUUCCUAUUAAUGGGUUACUUUAACGCCCACAGCGUGGGGUUCCAAAAGGUGUUUCCAUCGCGGUAAUGCCAUCAUCGAGGCCAUUGAAGAGAGCAACGCGGUAACGUUAAAUGACGGUAGUAUCACCUUCCUCCGGGGCCGAUCCACAUCCGACUUAGACUUAACCAUAUGUUCUAGAUCCAUUGCUGGAGCCUGCGGAUGGUCGGUUCUCGCCGAUACUGGAAACAGCGAUCACUUCGCAAUCGUAGUCUCCUCUGACCGGAUGCCCCCCUCUACGUUGCGGCGUCGUCGUUGGCUCUAUGAUCGGGCGGAGUGGCUCACAUACGAAGAUAACGUAUCGGAUGCACUCGAUCGAGACCGGGAUUAUCCACCAAACGAGCUUGUAAUGGUAAUGACACAGGCUGCAAAACUAUGCAUUCCCCGAACCAGCGGAGCACCACCAAAACGAGCGGUUCAUUGGUGGAACCCAGAAGUAGCGAGGGCAAUCAAAGAACGACGAAAAGCCUUCGAAAUCUUAAAAAUAUCCCCCUUGACCAUCAUCGAUGGGAUGAGGGAUCAGCGGAUUUUCGUCGCCUCAGGAACCAGGCCAGGCGGGCCAUCGAGAAAGCCAAGGAGGCCAGCUGGGCAUCUUUCCUAGACGGGAUCAGCUCCGAUUCGUCGACUGCGGAUCUGUGGAGAAGAGUCAAUGCCCUAAGCGGCAAAAGAAGGCUUCGCACUAACGGUCAACGGUACCACUACAGUUGAGCCCUCUGAAAUUGCUAAUGCAAUCGGUCAACACUUCGCCCUUCUUUCUGGGGACUCCUCCCUCCCACCUGCCUUCCUGAGAACGAAGAGGACAAUAGAAGCCACCCCUACAACAUUCAGAUAGCCAGGAUUACAACAAACCUUUCUCAGGAGUAGAACUGGCCACUGCACUGAGUACUGCAAAGGGCAACUCAGCGGGACUCGACAACGUUGGUUAUCCCCUGUUAAGGCAUUUACCCCCGGUUGGCAAGCGAGCACUCCUAAACGGAUUCAACAGGAUAUGGGAAGACGGAUCCUUCCCAGACAGCUGGAGAACCGCUCUCAUGAUUCCCAUUCCGAAGAAAUGCGAGGGAACCAGGAGCCCGAACGACUUCCGACCCAUCAGCCUUCUCCCCUGUAUUGGGAAGACGAUGGAAAGAAUGGUAAACAGACGCCUGAUAACAUUCUCGAGGAACAGGAGCUUCUCGACCAUCGACAGUUCGCAUUCCGUAAGGGACUCGGCACAGGAAUUCAUCUAGGCUGCCUCGGUGAAACAGUAAGUGACGCCAUAGCCAACGACCUGCAUGCGGACAUUGCCAUUCUUGAUCUCGCCAAGGCAUACAACACGGUAUGGCGUG